CCUCGUGCAAAUUCCGAUACCAACAUGCCUGUGUUGGUUCUUGCUUUAGUUAUAUACUAAUAAAUAGUUUAUAUUGAAAAUUUUGUAACACUUUACAUAGUUUUUAAAGUACAUCUAUUGUGUAUUAAUGUAAUUUGAUUUAAUGAAUAAAUGUCACUUCUGUGAUAUUAAAAUAUUUUAAACCGAAGUUUGCACCUACAAAGUGUUACUGUUGAUUCAUAUCAAAUUGCCGAAUACAGAGUAUGAUUAAAAUUCUCAACUUUUCUCAACUUCGAUAUCAAUCAACUGCUAAUUUAGCUAUUUUGCCACAACAAUUAAAAUGUAAACGAGGAUCUAAAAAAUAUGCAGCACUUUCAGAAGCCAAUCAAUCGGAUAUUACUUUGAAUAAGUUGCAAAAAAUUAAACAAACAAAUGGCAUGAAAGUAAGGUCAUACUAUAAAUUAAAUGAUUCUAGAGACCUAAGUAAUGAUAGAAGAAUAUCUAGUCAGAGUAUUGAUAAUAUACAUCGUUUGUAUACAAACCAAUCUCCAGAUGAAAGAGUGAAGUUAGAUCCUACGGCAAUGAUUGAAGAUUUGCAUUCUUCCGGGGUUUCUGAUCCUGCUUCUAUUAUUAAAAGUACUUCUUUAUUGAAUUCGUUUUCAACAGAGACUUUAAAGAAAGAGUUAGAAGAAGAUGACGAAGAAGAAGAAUUGGAGACGUCAAAAAAGAAAAGAAAAUUGGCAGAAAGUGCAAAAAAAAGAAAAGGUCCAGGCUUGAAAAAUCAACCGAAAAUAAAUAAUUUACAAAUACAAGCCCAUAAAGAAAGUUUAACACGAACUUUAUAUGCGUAUUUACGUGUCUGUAUUGUUGGCGGUAUGAUUGGUCGUGCCUAUCAUACUGUUAUGUAUUACAGAAAAAGAUUAAAUGCAAAACCUUUCUCUGUUGUGAUUAAAGAUAUUACGCUUUACGAUAUUUUACUUCAAGCUUACGCUUCUCGAGGGAAUUUAAAGAAAGUGAAAGAAUUACUAGAAAUCAUUAAACAAGAUCAAUUAGAAAUGACGGUUAAUACAUAUGCAGCUAUCUUUGAAUGCUUUGGCAUUAUUAAUAAUCCAUCAAGAGAAAAAAAAUUUUUAUCAAAAAUACAUGCAAAUAUGCUGAAACAGAAUAUCACCUUUGAUGAUAUUUUAAUCAACUCUAGAUUUAAAUUGAAUCAAUACAGUAAUGUGUUGAAAGGCAUUGCAGUAUUAGAACCAUCAUUUAAAUCUAAACCAAUUGUUAAAGAUGAAUCUUAUAACUGCCAUCUUUUAAAUCAAAUAGUAUCACAUAAGAAGCAACAAGAAAUUUCUGCGGAGAAUCGGUCAAUAUUAUAUAAUUUAAAAGAUAGUUUCAAAAGACAACUAGCCAAUGAAAUUCAUGGAAGUAUCGAUAUUAAAAGUAUUGAAAAAAUAGAUCAAUCGAAAAUUAUUGAUCAUUAUAAAAAAGAAGUUCAAAGGCUCGAAUCACAAUGGAGGAAAACAAUUUCUGAAGCAUUUGAUCGAGAUUUAAAGGCAUUAAAAAAUCGUGAACAUAAACCCAUUCCUAAUUCCAUGGUAUUAUACCCGUGCUUAAGUAUUCUAGACAAAGAGGAAUACAUUACUGCAACAUUGUUGGAAAUACGUAAAUUAGCUACUGGAUCCGAGAAUUAUAGUCCUUCUCUCUCAACUCUUUGUAGAAGAUUAGGAAAAUACAUCAAUGAUAAAUAUGAAUUAGUUGAAAAACAGAAUGUUGGCUACGUUAAUGUUUUGGAAAAAGUAUAUGAAAAGUAUUAUAAUUGGUACAUAAAUGGUCAAAAUGAUUCAAAUAACCGAACAGCAUGGCAACGAUUGUCAGAUCAAUUAUCUCCUCAUUUCUCUCUGGAAUAUGAAUCAGUUCAAUGGCCUUCAAAUUUACAAAUUUCAGUGGGUAAAUUUUUAUAUGACAUAAUUUUAAAAGACAUCAAAGUUGAGGCAAAUUCUUUAAAAACUGGACAUGGAUCAAAACGGAUUUUCCCUGCGUUUUAUUCUAUAUACAGAUACAAUAAUUCUAAACAUUUGGUAGAAGAGAUAAAACCUCAUCCUGUACUUUCUAAAAUAUACCGUGAAUCAAAGCCAGAGACGUUAACUUUUGAAACAACACUGACUCCAUCAGAAUGCCCACCUAGGCCAUGGUCAUCUAUUGAUAAUGGUGGAUAUUUAUUAUUAAAAACAGAUUUCGUUAGAUUGCCUUUGUUCGUUUCAGAACAAAUGAAGCGGCUAGUCAAUACAGAGCCUAAAAAUUUAUGGCCUUCAUUGGACUGUCUCAAUCAACUUGCAUCUAUACCUUGGAAGGUAAAUAAGCCAAUUCUUGAUAUAGCAAUUGAUGUAUUUCGUAAUGGUGGUUGUGAUCAACUAACUGUUCCUCGACCACCAUCAAUUCUUUCUCCACCACCUUUAUUACGCCUCAAUUCGACAGAAGCUGAUCGAAAGGUCGUUAUAAAAGCUCGAUUAGAAUACAAACGAAGAAAAAAUGAAAUGUUUUCUUUAUGGUGUGAUACACUUUAUAGAUUGUCAUUAGCAAAUCAUUUUAGAGAUAAAAUAUUUUGGCUUCCUCAUAACAUGGACUUUCGAGGACGAGUUUAUCCUGUGCCUCCUCAUCUUAAUCAUCUGGGUGCUGAUUUAGCGCGUUCACUAUUGAUUUUCGCGAUGGGGAAACCUUUAGGUCCAAAUGGUUUAAAUUGGCUGAAAAUUCAUGCUAUCAACUUAACUGGAUUAAAAAAAAGAAACUCGAUAGAAGACAGAUUAAAAUAUGCAAAUGAAAUAUUGGAUGACAUUAUAGAUAGUGCAGAAAAACCAAUGACCGGACGUAUGUGGUGGAAACAGUCUGAAGAACCCUGGCAGACACUUGCUACUUGUAAGGAAAUAGCUGCAGCACUGAAAACCCCUAAUCCUGAAGAAUAUAUUUGCAAUUUUCCAAUUCAUCAAGAUGGCAGUUGCAAUGGCUUACAGCAUUAUGCAGCAUUAGGACGAGAUCAAAUUGGUGCUGAAAGUGUUAACUUGUAUCCUAGUGAUAAACCUCAGGACGUUUACACUGAUGUUGUGGCCAAGGUUGAAGAACUUAGACGUAAAGAUGCAGAAAGUGGAGUAGAGAUUGCAAAAGUAUUAGAAAAUUUUGUAAAACGUAAAAUUAUUAAGCAAACAGUUAUGACAACUGUUUAUGGUGUUACAAAGUUUGGUGCUCGGCUACAAAUAGCUCGACAAUUGAAAGAUUUAGAUGAUUUUCCUCAAGAAUACGUAUGGAUUGGUAGCUUAUAUCUUGCACAAAAAACCUUUGAAAGUUUAAGGACAAUGUUUGAGAGUGCAAAGAAAAUCCAAGAUUGGUUCACUGAGUGUGCAAAAAUUAUCUCGAAAAAUAAGGCACAAAACAUAGAAUGGGUCACUCCACUGGGAUUACCUAUUGUUCAACCUUACAGCAGAACAAUUCCUGCUAAAACAUCAUUCAAAGAUUCAUGUAUUGAUGCUAUUCAAAAACCCAAUACUUCAAAACAAAAAAAUGCAUUUGCUCCAAAUUUUAUUCAUUCUUUGGACUCGUGUCAUAUGAUGUUAACAAGUAUUCAUUGUGAACAUGAAGGAAUCACUUUUGUAUCCGUUCAUGAUUGUUUUUGGACACAUCCAUGUUCUGUAGAAAUCAUGAAUAAGAUAUGUAGACAGCAAUUCGUGGCUCUUCAUUCAGAACCAAUACUUGAAAAUUUAUCGGAAUUUUUUGUUAAAAAAUAUAUUGAUAAUAUAGAAGAACUAGAUAGUGAUAAUGAUGAUGAAGAUUUGGAAAAGAUUCUCACUGAAAGAAAAUUGUAUCAAAUUUUAACGAGUGUCCCAAAGAAAGGAACCUUUCAAUUGGAAAAAGUUUUAGAAUCUACGUACUUCUUUAGUUAGUAUUUUUAUAUUAAAAAACAGAUUUACAUCAAAUUUUUAUUUAUGUAAAAAAAUAAUCUCAGAUUAUUUAUUAUA